CCGCAGGAAUAACCGAGUCUCUCUCCCGCAGAGUGAAACGGAGAGGCAGAUAUGGAAGCAGUAGCUAGGCCUCGGAUACGCAGGGAAAUUAUUUACUUUGCACAGGGGAAAGCUUAGGGUUUGGUUCCGGGGGGCGCGGGUUUCCGCAGGGAAGGGAAAGAAGGAGCCAACAGACCGGUCACCAAGAGCCACGUCUAGGGGGAGAGGCAGAAAGAGAUCGGAGUAGUAGAGGAGUGUUGACUGUGCUUUUCCCGGUAAAUGAUAAACAUCGCAACUGCCUUCUGGAGUGUUCUUUUCAUUCUCACAACGUUCUAUGUACUUUAGGUCAGAUGUGAGGAAUUUUUAAAAGUAUCUGAUGUAAGUGCACCAUUCUGAUGGAGAGGAAAAUAAUACUGCAGGUCCUUCAGAAAACUUUUUAAUUUUAUGCAUUUGACACCUAUGACAAUGGAACAACAAUCUUCCCCUCGGAUUCUCCUCUGUGACUCAUUGAAUGAAGAAAGGUCUACAGUUAGCAAAGUGGAGACCUUUGAUGCCAAAACAGCAUCUAUUGCAGAAGGGAUUCGUGUGACAAGCAUUAAUUCAAGCCAUUUGCCUAAGGAAGUGGAUAAUGUGUUGAUAAGCAGCAAAGAAGAUGCAUGCGCAAAUGGACCUCCACUACAUGGCACAGAGCCCAUUUCACCUGUGGACUCCACCAGCAAUGUUCCUACUAUAUCUGCAUCCCCAGGUUUGGCUGGUUUCAGUGACAACCUAAUGGAAUCUAGUGCUAAUGGCAUAGUUCUUCAGAAAGAAGCUUUGCAGUCUCUGAAGCUAAGUCUUCACAUUCAGGAAACAGAUUUGUGCUUUAGUGAGGCUCCUCUUUCACUGGAAAGAGAGGAGCAAAUACGACUUCAGGCUAGACGCCGCUUGGAGGAACAGCUGAAGCAAUACAGAGUAAAGCGCCAUCAGGAGAGAUCUAAUCAUAGUACUCCAAAAAGCCGACCCUCUAGCACUCUUGAUCCUGAACUUAUGUUUAACCCAGAGACUCUACCACGAGCCAGUACUGUUUCUAUGACAAAGGAAUAUACUUUCCUGCGCACAAAUGUUCCAAGAGGGCCAAAACUGGGUAGUCUGGGCCUUCCUUCAUCUUCCAAAGAAAAGAAAUCCUCUCGGUCUUCCAAGUCUUCCAAUAAGAUCCGUUCCCUGGCGGACUACCGGACAGAAGAACUAGAAUACAAAAAUUCCAGCCCAGGCUACUCAGAGUCAUCCUCGGGAUCCUUAAAACCCAGCAGAGGCAGCAUGACAUCAGUAAUAUCGGAAAUCGGCAUGGACAGUAGUGAACAUUUUGAUGGCUCCAGUUUUGGUGGAGACAAUGGCUCUGAGUUGGAUGGAAGUGAAAUAGGGAUAAGGCAAGAUGGGAAUGAGAGCGACAGCUCUACUUAUAGUAGUGUGUCUACGAACAGAGGUGUUUAUGCACAAGCUACAACUCCCAAGCAGGAAGCGGAUUACUCUGUAAAUGGGCAGGUUAUUGCUGCUGAGGAUGUUGGACAUUACCCUUCUCUUAGUGAAGUGCUUCAAGCAGCAGCCACAGAAUGUAUUGCCCUAGAACAAGAAAUCAACGGGGAACCCAGAAGCCGGAGAGACAGUAUUUCAAGCAGCAUAUCCAUUGAGAGCUCAAUUGCUGGAACUCAUGAUGAGCUACUGCAGGUUUUGAAGGAGAAGAUGAGACUAGAGGGACAGCUUGAAUCAUUAACUUCAGAAGCAAGCCAGGCUCUGAAAGAAAAGACUGAAUUACAGGCCAAACUAGCUGCAGUGAGCACUAAGCUCCAAGCAGAGUUGGAAAACCAAGAAGCAAGCCAGAAGAAACAGGCGUCUUUGAGCUCUGAAAUGCUCAACUUAAAGAAAUCUUGUUUGGAUUUGGAGAGGGCAAUGGCUGAUCUACAGAACAGCUUGGAGGUCAAAAAUAGCAGCUUAUCUUCUUUGGGGAAUGACCUGCAAGUGGCAGAAGAACAAUACCAGCGACUUAUGGGCAAGGUAGAGGAGCUGCAGAGGAUUAUCAUUCAGAAGGAUAAUGCUGUUCACGAUUUGCGGCAACAGACAGUCUCCCUACAGUAUCAGUUGCAACAGGUACAACUUGACCGCUCAACUCUUACCAACAAACUUAAGGCUUCCAAAACAGAAAUCGCAUCCUUGCAACAGACACGUGAUUGGUACCAGCAGCAGCUAACACUUGCCCAAGGGGCUAGAGUGAGACUGCAGAGUGAGAUGGCAAAUAUACAGGCAGGGCAAAUGAGCCAAGCUGGUGUUCUUGAGCACCUCAAAAUAGAAAAUGUGACCCUUUCACAUCAGCUAACAGAAACACAACACAAAUCUCUCAAGGAGAAGGAACGUAUUGCUACACAGCUUCAAAAUAUUGAGGCCGAUAUGCUGGAUCAGGAAGCUGCAUUUCACCAGAUACAAGAGGCAAAAAGCAUGGUGGAAGAAGACCUGCAAAGGAAACUAGAGGAGUUUGAACAGGAGAAGGAACAGCUCCAAAAAUUAGCAGACUCUGCAACUGCUCUGGAACUUGAGCUUGAGCAGGUUAAACUCAAUUUGCAUCAAAGAGACCUGCAGCUGGAAGCACUUCAGCAAGAGCACCUUGAAAUUUUAAAACAGUUGUCUGUGACUCAAGAGAUCCUACAUACCAAAGACCAAUCUUUAAACGAUUUACAAAUGCGUUAUGACGAGCUAGAAGGCAGGCUGCUGGAACUCCAAAGUGAUACAGCUUCCAAGGAUGACACCAUUGACUACCUUCAGAACCAAAAGAUUGUCCUUGAAGUGGCCUUGCAGGCAGCUAAAAUGGAACAAGAUGGACUAGAUCAUGGAGUCAGGAACUUGCAAGAAGGAACUGUAGCAGCUGCAGAAGUUUUGGCAAAGCUACGUCAGGAACUUUCUAUCAAGUCUUGUCAGGUUGAAACUUUGCAGAAAGACAAUUCUACUAUCAAAAAACAAACACAGAAAGUGAAGGAGCAGUUCCUUCAGCAAAAGGUGAUGGUAGAAGCCUAUCGCAGAGAUGCUAGUUCCAAAGAGCAACUUAUAAGUGAACUGAAGACCACCAAAAAGAAACUUGAUUCAGAGGUCAAGGAAUUAAGACAGAAGUUGCUGUGGCUUCAGGGUGAGAAGUCUGCUGCAGAAGUGGAACAGGCACGGGUAAGAAAGGAGAUGUCUCAACUCCAACAACAGAUGGAAGAACUUGAAUCUAAUUUUCAAGCUGUACAGAAAGAGAGAGAUGACAUGGAAAGCCGCUUACAGUCAUUACAGUUCGAUAAGGAUCAGGUGGCCACACUGGCUCAGGAUAAUGCUGCACUAAAGGAACAAGUAGAGCUGAUGCAAAAUGAGGCAAAAAAGGCUAUAACAGAACAAAAGCAACGAAUGAAGCGCAUUGGAUCAGAUCUAACCAGUGCACAGAAGGAGAUGAAAAUCAAACACAAAGCAUAUGAGAAUGCAGUUGGGAUACUGAGUCGUAGGCUGCAAGAAGCACUGACUGCAAAAGAAACUGCUGAGGCAGAGCUAAACAAGCUAAAAGCACAACUCUCAGAUGUAGAAAAUAACCAAGCAUUUCAGGCAAAGCUGCAAAGUUUACAGAAUGAGUUGCAGACUGUUUGUCAUAGCAAGGCCAUGCUGGAACGAGAAUUGCAGGAGGUCAUUUCCCUGACCAGCCAAGAACUGGAAGAAUAUAGGGAAAAGGUCAUUGAGCUGGAAGAUGAGCUUCAGGAAGCACGUGGGUUUAGAAGGAAGAUUAAACGUUUGGAAGAGCUAAAUAAGAAACUGACUUUGGAGGUGGAACAUGAAAAAGGGAAGCUAACAGGACUUGGACAGUCUAAUGCUGCACUUCGGGAACACAGCAAUAUCCUAGAAGCUGCUUUGGCUAAGAGAGAGUCAGAUUUGGUACAGCUAAACCUCCAGGUACAAGCUGUCCUUAAGCGCAAAGAGGAGGAAGACCGACAAAUGAAGGAACUUGUACAGACUCUGCAGGAUGCUCUGCAGAAAGAGAAAACUAAAGUUAGCAGUUUGACAGAACAGCUAGCAGCAGCAAAGGCAGAAGCAGCACACAACCGAAGACACUACAGGGCAGCUGCACUGGAGCUGAGUGAGAUACAAAAGGAGCUACAGGCCAAACAACAGCUCAUCCAGGCCCUACAGACCGAAGCUGAAAAACUGCAAUCACAGGAUAAAAAGAAUACCCAGGAGCUAUCACAGUUCCAGCAGGAGUUAGCAGAAGCCCAUUCUCAACUUCAGCUUCUUCAGAAAGAAUUAGAUGAGCAAAUGAGCAAGAGGCCAGAAAUCAGUCAAGAGGUUGAGGAUCUGAAAUGGGAGAUGGACCAGAAGGAGCAUGAAAUUCAAGCUAUUAGGCAGCAGUUGGAUAUGACUGAGCAGCGCAAUCAAAGGGAACUGGAAGGAGUUCAGAUAUUGUUGCAGAACCUUAAACUUGAAUUUGAAGCUGUGCGGGAUGACCUUACAGAUGCACAAAAGGACAAGUUCAUGUUACAAGCAAAGGUGUCUGAAUUAAAGAACAGCAUGAAAACAUUGUUGCAGCAGAACCAACAGCUGAAGCUCGAUUUACGACAGGGCCGGAUCAAGAAGAGGAAGGAGCUGAAAAGUGAUGCCACUUCUUCUAAUCCAGUGACUCCAGUUAAGAUACCAGACUGUCCAGUACCAGCUUCACUGUUAGAAGAAUUAUUGAAACCUACAUCUGCAAACAGCAAAGAACCUCUUAAUAAUCUAAACAACUGUCUUCGUCAGCUAAAGCAUGAAAUGGACAGCCUCCAACGACAGAUGGAAGCACAUACUAUAACUGUGCAUGAAUCAAUGACUUCCUGGAACCAAAUUGAGGGUCAGCUGCUGGAUCUCAAUGGUUCUGGUUCUCAAGCCAUUGUCAACUCUAGCCUCCAAUUAAUUGACCAAAACCUUAAUAACUGUGAUCCAGGGCCUGCAGAACAGUGACUGUACCCUUUAUUUGUGUCUUGAAGGUGCCUCUGUAUAACUGGUCAGAAGCUACAUGCAGGUAGUUGGUUGAAGUUUGAAAUCUGGAUUUAAAGCACAGAGCAAGACAUUUCCUCGUUAUAAUGUUGGUUGCUGAGAAUAAAUUCACUUCCAGAAUUAACAUA